CGCACACACACACACACACAGCCCUCCUGUUUGUCAGACUCAAAUCCGAGGGAGAGGAGCUAGCCGCCAUUUUCUAAGCGUCUCUCCCUUAAAAACGAGAGAAAAGGCGCUCGCGACGAACCCUCCGCCCGGACUACCCUCCGCUCGCCGAGGAUCGCGUUUUUUCGGUAAAGGAUUACCGGCCAACACCGGGCACAUUUAGCAGUACAUUAAGGGGCUCUGGGGGGGGGGAAAGGAAGGAGUGUUCCGCGGCCUCGUCGUCUAUAUUUCGAGGCGAGCUAGCCGCUCGAGCGAAGGCGGAGAUCGUCGCUUCGCCCUGAAUCCGGAACGAGAGACCCGAGCGGCUCCGCGAGCUGGGCCCUUUCUGUCUGUGUGGAGGCAGAUCUGGCUGCGGGGUUGUGUUUUUUUGGUGGUUUUUUUUUUUGUGGGGGGGUGAGAUUACUAAAUGGCAGAGUGAUCGAUCCCCAAUCGGGUUUUUUUGAAGCACCCGUGUGUUUUUUUUUUUUCCCUUCCUUCCUUCCACUAAAACUGCAGGGGGAUUGUUGCCGAAAUUCCCUCGGAUAGUGCAACCCUCGUCACGUGGCUGUCCUCAGGUGGGGCAGUAAGCGGGUGGUGUGGAGCAGGCCGCGGUGCCCGUCCCUCUGCACUGCAUGGCUGCGAUGGCGCCCGCUCUCACCGACGCCCCAGCCGAAGCUCACCACAUCCGCUUCAAACUGGCAGCCCCGUCCUCAAGUCUCUCACCGGCCAGUGCAGAGAACAACGGUAACGCCAGCAACAUCCUCAUCCACAGCGGCGGCCCCGCCAAGUGCAAGGCCGUGUCCGAAGACUGCCCUCUGGACUUCUGCGUCGGAGACCAGGAACAGCAGCCCCAAGCCGACUCUGUGGCUCAGGCCUCGGCCCUGGGAAAGCUCCAGCCGCUGGUGGCUUCCUACCUAUGCUCGGAUGUGACACCUGUCCCUUCAACUAAGGAGUCAAUCAAGCUGCAAGAAAUCCUCAUCAAACAGUCCGUGUUGAAAAACCACAGAAUACUGCCCGGCUCCCUGCUCAACGGCGGAGGAGACUUCCUGUUGAGGAAGAGGCAGGCGAUCGAGCUGUCUGGUGGUCAGCUCAAAAGCCUCAUGAGCGGCAGCACUAACGGAGGUGACCAGCCCGUGGCACCUGUCAACGGCCUGGCCAAGAAGCUGGCCACCAUGUCCGGCCCCGGCUGCGUGGUGGCGGUGAACGGUGACAAGCAGUCUGCCACCUCAGACUCUCAGUCCCAGAACCUGCCCUUGGAUUCUGAGACCUUGACGGCCACAUUAUCAGGACACAUCCCGGUGAAAGGAACCCUUAAACCGAAGCAUUCCUCCGGGGUUUCUCAAAAUACAGACGGUAAAAACCUUGAACUACCAGUGCGCCAGUCGAAUGCACUUUCCCCCUACACCCACGACAACCCUCACCCCGCCGAACAAGCGAAUCUGGAGGAGGCUGCUUCACACACGCCUACCAGGCAGCCCCAGGGUUCUGAUAGGGAGAGACCGGGCAGCAGUCAGCAGGGCUCCCCGUCUUGCACUCAUGCGCCACAGCCUCCUCUAGCCUGCACCUCUUCCUCGGACAGCCUUGACGCUCAUGUUAAGGAGCGCACCCUCCUCAACAGCAGCCGCCAAUCUGAGAUCGAAAGCCGGCUUCGACGCCUGCGCAAACGUCUUCAGGUCGUGCAGGCCAAGCAGGUGGAGCGGCACAUUCAGCAGCAGCUGGGCGGCUUCUUGGACUCGGCGCUCAACCGGCUUCUGGUCAGCAACCGCAAGUCGGAGACGGCGACCCCGACGGCGACGUGGCGUACCGGACGCCACUCGUCCUCCAACAACAGAGACGGCCUCGGCCGCUUCCUGAAAAGCGGCUCCAUGCCCCUGGAGUUGGAGAGGCUGUACCUGAGCGGCUCGGCCAACCUUCACUCUGCGGAAAGCGCCUUUGACUCCGAUGUAACGGAGAGUAGCUCUGGCGGGGACUCCGACCUGGAGGAGGAGGAGCUGACCAGAGUGGACAUUGAGCAGCGACACGUUAAGAUAUGGAAGCGGGCCGAGAGCCGCUACACGGUGGAGCGAGCGGCCAUCAUCAGUCACUGGAACUGGCUACAGGCCCACAUCUCGGACCUGGAGUACCGCAUCCGACAGCAGACCGACAUCUACAGGCAGAUCCGAGCCAGCAAGGGCUCGGUGGAGCUGGGCGGCGUCUCGGCUGCAGGUGGGACGGAAGUGAAGGCGGAGCCUGUGAAUACCAAGGAUGUUGGUUCAGAGCGGCUGGAGCACACAGGCCCCGCCCACAUCCCCAGCACAGAGCCCGGCCCCUGGAAAGGUCAAAACACGCAGCCCGUUAACGGCGUCCUCAGCAGGACGGCGGACGGCGCCGACGCCAAGCGCCAGCAGCAGGCGGCCUACGACAGCACGUGCGUGGCGGCGCGCACGCGGCCGCUCGUCGGCUGCCGGCGGCGGCGGCUCAUCCAGCCCAACACUGUGCCCAACCUCCACGGCAAGGCCCAGAGGAGCAGCUGUACGCAGUGCAACUGCAGGGUCAACCCCAGCUGUGGCAUGUGCGGUGGCUGGCCCACCCCCAGAGAGGACCCCCAGUACGAGCAGCCCACCCUGGAGCGCCUGUCGAAACUGGAUCUUGGCGUCCACCCCAUCCUCUCCUUCCCCGACGACGUUUGCAUCGGCCUCCGUCUGCAGCAGGUGAUGAAGAGCCAGUGGCAGGCCAAGUCCCUGGAGAGGAGCAAACCCCUGAAGAAGCUGUCCCUCAAACACAAGCUGUCCUCGUCCAAAGAGAAGCACAAGUUCACCAACUCGCUCAUGGCAGUCAGCGUUGCAGGACUGGGCCACUAUAAGAACCGCGCUGAGAAGCCGAGGACGGCGGACGGCAGUGUGGGCGGCGCCGGUCUGAACGCCGCCAGGCUCGAGGGCCACGCGGCGUGCAAGAGCGAGCGGCUGCAGGGCCUCUCCACGUCUUUAGGGCCCUACGACAAGAACUACAGCCGCAAGAGGUUACGGGAGCACUCGCUGGACCGGACCGACACCUCCCCGAAACCGUUCACGGACCCCAGCGGCUCCUGUCCAGCGCUGGCCAACAUGCACCCGUCCCUCCACAGCCCCCUCACGCGCCAGCUGUCCACGUCUUCAGAGAACUCCACGCCGCUGGGCCACAGCGUCCAGAGCACGCCCCAGCAGCCAAUCAAGAGGAGGCGAGGUGAAAGCUCCUUCGACAUCAACAACAUCGUGAUCCCCAUGUCCGUGGCUGCCACCACCAGAGUGGAGAAGCUGCAGUACAAAGAGAUCCUCACACCCAGGUGGCGUUCGGUGGACAUCUUCUCUCAGCCCAUAACCGGCGAGGAGGACGAGCGGGAGGUGGAGGACCUGACGGACGCGGCCUUCACGCAGCUCCACCAGCCCCACGAGGACCAGGAGCGCUCCCGCUGGACCUGGAUGGCUCUGGCUCCUGCGAAGAGGCGUGGCAGCAGGUCGUACAAGUCCGUGGACGGGCGCACCACGCCGCUGCUGUGCGGGACCAACCCCCCCACCCCCCAGCCGGCGUCCCCCGACCCGACCCACUGCCCCGCGCUCCACGACUACAGCUACGUGCCGUCGCCCAUGAGCCCCGCCAGCCCCGACACGGCAUCCAACCCCCACACGCCCGGAUCCAGGGACUCGCACCGCCUGCUGUCCAGCGAGGACACGCGCUGCUCCACGCCGGACUUCACCUUCGAGGAGCGGACGGUGGCGCCCUGGGAGCGCCGCGGCUUCCCGCUGCCACAGGACCCGGAGCCAGAGCCGGAGCCGGACCAGGACCAGGACCAGGACCAGGACCAGGACCUCCUCGGCCGGCCCAGAAUGCGCAGCAUCUCAGGUUGCAGAGCGACCGGCUACGGGCGGCUGGACUCGGACGACACGGAGCUGCCUUGUGACGACGACCCCAAACACAAGGCCUUGUCCACCGCCCACCGAUGAAUGACAGGCUGAGGUCCCGCCCCCUCACC